AUGGGGAUUUGUUAUGUUUCUAUCUGGUUUGGUUUAACGUGCAUCAUUUUCAGGUCUAAUUUUCUAGGCACCAAAUUCAUUAUUUAUGAUACCCAGCCUCCCUACAACAGCGCUCAGCUUUACCCACCCGGCCAAAGCCGUCGGUUUUACUCUAAAAAGGUCUCUCCCAAGGUUCCUACUGGCAGCUACAACAUCGCUCAGGUGACAUAUGAGUUAAAUGUACUUGGCACUAGGGGGCCACGCAGGAUGCACUGCAACAUGCACUCAAUUCCUGCCGCAUCCCUUGAGCCUGGUGGCAUUGUACCUGGCCAGCCUGAGCUUCUCCAGCGCUCCCUUGAGGACUCAUUCCGGAGCAUAUCCUUCUCAAAAUCAAUUGAUAAUUCAACUGAGUUUAGCAGUGCUCGAUUCUCUGAUAUAGUCGGGUCCCAUUAUGAAGAUGAAGGAAAAGAGAGACCAUUGAUUCUUCGGAACAAGGCACCGAGAUGGCAUGAACAGUUGCAGUGUUGGUGCCUUAACUUCCGUGGAAGGGUAACAGUUGCCUCUGUCAAGAACUUUCAGUUGAUGGCAGCUACACAGUCAGUUGCUGGUGCACCGACACCCUCGCAACCACCGCAGCCAACCCAAUCUGACCAUGACAAGAUCAUCCUUCAGUUUGGUAAAGUUGGCAAGGAUAUGUUUACCAUGGAUUACCGGUAUCCUUUGUCUGCAUUUCAGGCCUUUGCUAUCUGCUUGAGCAGCUUUGACACCAAAUUAGCAUGUGAAUAGAGGAGAGAAAUUAUGGCAAGAAAUAGAAAGUGUAGUUGGUAAUUCUUUCUAGGCCUUUCAUAUAGAUUGUGGUUGUUGUAUGAUGUCACUGUUACAACUCAUGCUAGACUGCAUG